AUGGAAUUCGGAAAUGUGAAACCAUGGAAAGCUCUGUCCGUCUCGACGGAACUUGUGUUGAUCCAAGUAGCCGGAUUCUUACGUCGCGAGCUGCCCAUCCGACUCGCUCAUCGUAUCCGCGAUCUGGAAGGCAUACCACUACUCAAGGACAUGGCCAGUAUCCAGUUGGUAAGGGACUUGUACGUGAAGAGUUUUCUUGAAUUGCUCAGCUUCGACAAAUUGAUACAAUCAGCCGAACAGGAAGAAGGGUUCGCUGCCUUGAUUGAAAAUAUCUACGAUCGGCAUUCCAAAGUUCUGGUUCAAAUGGCCCAAGGUGCGUACGAGUUCCGCAGCGCUGUUCGCCAAGAGAAGGGGGCGGACGGGUUUGAAUUACAGGAAGAAACGCACCGCUUCUUGGAUCGUUUUUAUUUGGAUCGCAUCGGUAUUCGGGUGUUGAUUGGCCAGUAUCUGGCCUUGCGGCAACCGCCGGUGGAAAACUACGUCGGUAUCAUAUGCUCCCAUACUUCGCCUUACGAAAUUGUCAAGCGUGCCAUUGAUGAUGCGGCUUUUAUGUGCACACGCAAAUAUGGUGACGCUCCGGAAGUCAUUAUGAGUGGAAGACUAGAUUUGACCUUUCCUUAUGUACCAACUCAUUUGCACUAUAUCAUGUUGGAAUUGAUUAAAAACAGUAUGCGUGCCACUGUGGAAUGGCAUGGUAUUGAUUCGCCGGAAUUUCCGCCUAUCAAGGUAAUUAUUGCCGAUGGUGCCGACAACGAGGACGUAGUGAUCAAGGUUAGUGACGAAGGUGGCGGAAUUCCCCGAUCCAAUAUGGGGAAGAUUUGGUCCUAUCUUUUCACGACCGCGGAUCCAGCCAUUCAAGCGGGUAUGGUCGGAACCGCUGGUGCCAAAGGACAGGGCCAAGAUCACGGAAUUGACUCCCCUUUGGCUGGGCUGGGCUACGGGUUGCCGAUUUCGAGAUCGUACUGUCGAUACUUUGGUGGCGAUUUAAGCAUCAUGUCAAUGGAAGGAUUCGGGACCGACGCUUUCGUGUACUUGACGCGAUUGGGCAAUACAAGUGAACCCGUGCCAAUUUAGACAAGAAAUAUACAGUCAGCAUUGCAAUUUCAUCGGGAGAGAAAGUGGCUGAAGUAACAGCUGUCAUAGAGUCAGCUCGUUUUGCUUUCGCCUAUGUUUCUAGCAAAAAGAACGCACAAAAACAAUUUACGUUCCAGCGAGAAUUCUUUUACUUUGCUGUAAAAAGUAAAAAGAACUUUUGUGCUUGGU